UUCCGACAGUAAUUUUGGAGCAGAGGAGUAUUAUAAAAAUUCAUUAAAUUGGGCUUUUAUCAAUUGUAUUUAACGCCUCAUAACAUGUCCACAGGGCUCGUUAACGCGAGGGAAAAGGAAUAUUUACAUUUACAUCGCAUUGAUAAGCACAAAUGUAGUCACAGCUCUGCCACAUCGUCCCCUUCGUCUGCGGCAUCCUCGGAGAGUUCUCGUACCCGUCCGCGUCGGUCGGACGGAGAAGUCUAUGGCAGCCGUCACCACAAUUACAACUCCAAGUCCAGCUCGCAGCAUCGUCGACGUUCGCGCUCCGGGUCAGAAUCGCCGCAAGUUCGUCAUUAUUCAGGCCGCACAUCUCGGGAUCGCCAACGCAUGCGUCAGGCACGCGAUCAUCCACAGGCUAGCCGAUGUAUUGGAGUUUUCGGCCUGAAUACCAACACCACCCAACAGAAGGUGCGCGAAUUGUUUAACAAAUUUGGACCCAUCGAACGUAUUCAAAUGGUCAUAGAUGCUCAUACCCAUCGCUCUCGGGGCUUUUGCUUCAUAUACUUUGAGAAUCUCGGUGAUGCACGGGUAGCUAAGGAUGCCUGCACUGGAAUGGAGGUGGAUGGUCGCCGUAUACGUGUCGAUUACUCAAUAACGCAACGCGCGCACACGCCCACACCUGGUGUGUACAUGGGACGCCCAUCACGUCCCUUGGGUAGACGCUCUCGUGAGCGUGACUAUAGCACUCGAGACACCUCUCGUUCGCGUCGCCGCCACCGUGAAGAGUCGUCGUCAGUAUCACCCUACGAUUCCAAUCGUCGCAAAUAUCGCAGCCGUCAUCGCUACGACCGUAGCCGCAGUCGCACUCGCAGCUAUUCCCGUUCACGCUCACCACGCAAGCCUGCCCGGGUUCAAUCGCGUUACUAGUGUGCCACAAUUCUGUGUGGGGGUGCCAACUGCACAACAAAUGCAAAGGCUCAGCACGAGGAUAUAGACUGAAUUGUUUUGUUAUAAAAUCCCUGCCCAUAUCCCAUAUACUGUUCGGCAGCGCCUGUAUAAUCAUCAUUAUAUAGUUUUCAUCACGCCUAACCAUAAUUAUUUGAUAAUUAUUUGAUGUUGCAUCCUCGUACGUUUUGUAAACUGUAUUGUAGCCACAAAGAGAGCAUCCGUGUAUAUUACGCGUCUCAUCCUCUCUCUCCUUCAACCCGCGUAACACACUUUGUGAUAUGUAUUUUAAAAGCAACAGCGUAAAUUGAUAACAAUAAACUAACUAAACUAACCCA